AUGAGGAUUCACAUGGCCAUGCGGGUGUGUGGAGAACCCCGAAUACAGAGGCCAUCAAUCCAGCCCAAAAUCGCACAGGGCAGAGUAGUGUCAAGGGGAUCUUCACCCUGGAUUGCAAUGUUAUCAAAGAACGGGAUUCCAUUCUGUGGGGGCUCCUUAAUCGGAAAGGAGUGGGUCGUGACUGCUGCACACUGUCUUCAUCUUCCCUCUGACCCAGACAACCCAGAGCAGACCGACUCUGUGCUCAUCAACAUCACGUCAUUUAAAGUCAUCUUGGGAAGGCAGAAAACAUUGAGAAAAGAAGAGACAGAACAAGAGUAUCAUGCCAAAAAUAUCAUCACUCAUCCCCGUUACAAUGGGUCAACUUUUCAAUAUGACAUUGCGCUGUUGGAACUACCAAGUAAAGUGAAAAUGAUGGAUUAUAUAAUGCCGAUCUGUCUGCCAGAGAGCUCCACUUCAACUCUACAUACGGGUGACAUGGUGAUAGUUAGUGGAUGGGGCAAACAGUUCCUGCACUCGAUUCCUGAGACGCUGAUGGAGAUUGAGAUUCCAGUCGUAGACCAUAACCAAUGCAAGGAAGUCUAUAGCCAGCUUGGAAGACAAGUCACAGAUGAUAUGAUUUGUGCAGGACUAAAGGAAGGUGGGAGUGAUGCUUGUCAGGGAGAUUCGGGGGGUCCAAUGGUGGCUAUGGAUGGAGAAACAAAUCGCUGGUUCCUGGGAGGGACGGUAUCGUGGGGAGAUGGCUGCGGAGAGGACAACCGAUACGGAGUUUACUCAGAUGUUAGCAAAAGCCUCAAGUGGAUCCAAAACAUAACGAAGAUCAAGAAUAUUUGAUUCAAGAACCCAAACCUCAAAAGUAUUUUGCAAAUAUUUCUAAAUUGUCUUAGAAACUCUUUACUGUAGGUUUGGAUGAGUAUUUUGUUGAACAAUCUACUGUACAUAUUUAUUUCUUUUGGAUAAAUUAUAUAAUUUAUAACAUUGAA